AUGCUCCGCGGCCAGACCCUCCCCUGGAGAGCCGCGCUCCAACAAACACCGCGUCAGCUGUUCAUUCGACCUUCGCUAGCUGCACCGAGAUACAAUGUCGUUGCUCGAUCCGUUCUAGUCCCAUCGCGUCUCUCCCGGUCGCUUCCACCGGUCUCCCGACCCUUUUCCUCGAGCUCCAUCCGCCGAAGAGAGAAACCCCCGCCCGGAGACGAAAAGGAGGACCCGGAACAGAAGGAUCAGAAAGAGGAAGUCGAGGAGAAGGAUGCUGAGCGUCCCUCAGAACCCCGGCGAAAGCCAAUUGAGCAAUCGGGGAAGCAGGGGUCGCCUGACUCGGGAACUCCGACAUCGGGAUUCGCACGACGGAAGGAAAGAUCGGCGGGAGAGAAAGAACAGCGUGCUCUAGAGGAAGAUUCGAAGAAGGAAAAUAACGCGGCCGAAGGAAAAGAAGGAAAAGCAAACAAUGAUAUACCUCCGUCCCCUAUACCGGUCAGUGGUGGCGGCUCGGAUUCCAAACCCAGCGGGGCGAACAAUGGAGGCAACGAAGAUGGCGGAAAGAAGGGGAAGAAGGGGUCCGGUGAGAAGGCACUUCAGAAGCCAUCUGUACCAGAGGUGUACCCCCAGGUGAUGGCCAUCCCUAUCGCCAAACGUCCGUUGUUCCCGGGUUUUUACAAGGCCAUUACCAUUCGGGACCCCAAUGUGGCCACCGCGAUCCAGGAGAUGAUGAAGCGGGGUCAACCGUACGUUGGUGCUUUCUUGUUCAAGGAUGAAAAUGCCGAUGGCGAUGUGAUCGAGAAACUGGACGACGUGUAUGAUGUCGGUGUUUUCGCCCAGAUUACUGCUGCGUACCCUCUUCGCGGGGAGGCCAGUGGCGUCACCGCCGUGCUCUACCCUCAUCGUCGCAUCAAAGUAUCCUCACUACUCCCCCCUAACGACACGAAGCCCACACCGACUGCGGAAGAGAAGUCCACCGAGAAGCGUGGCGAUGUCGUCGCCAGUUUUGAGGAGGGGGCUACGGAUCUCGCACCGAAGGAUCACUACGAGCCGACGUCGUUCUUGCGCAAAUAUCCUGUUAGCUUAGUCAAUGUUGAGAAUCUCGCGGAAGAGCCCUACGACAAAAAGAGCGCCAUCAUCCGUGCAGUGACCAGUGAGAUUGUGAAUGUCUGCAAGGAAAUCGCCAGCCUGAAUCCCCUGUUCCGUGACCAGAUCUCCGCCUUUUAUACCGAUCAGUUCCCCGGUAACCUCAGCGAUGAGCCGGCCAAGCUGGCAGAUUUCGCCGCAGCCGUGUCCGCUGGAGAACUCCACGAAAUGCAAGAGGUUCUGGAGCUGAUGAACAUCGAGGAACGACUGCCGAAGGCUCUCGUUGUGUUGAAGAAGGAAUUGAUGAAUGCGCAGCUUCAGUCCAAGAUCUCCAAGGACGUGGAAGCGAAAAUCCAGAAGCGGCAACGGGAGUACUGGUUGAUGGAGCAGAUGAAGGGCAUCAAGAGGGAGUUGGGCAUCGAGUCCGACGGCAAGGACAAGCUGGUCGAGAAGUUCAAGGAGAAGGCAGAGAAGUUGGCUAUGCCUGAUGCUGUCAAGAAAGUGUUUGAUGAGGAAAUCAACAAGCUGGCUCAUCUGGAACCUGCUGCCUCAGAGUUCAAUGUUACCCGCAACUAUCUCGACUGGCUGACUCAAAUUCCUUGGGGCCAGAAGAGCGUGGAGAACUUUGGAAUCAAGCAUGCAACCAGUGUUUUGGACGAGGAUCACUACGGGUUGAAGGAUGUCAAAGAUCGGAUCCUCGAGUUCAUUGCCGUGGGCAAGCUCCGUGGCACGGUUGAAGGCAAGAUCCUGUGCCUCGUGGGGCCUCCCGGUGUUGGAAAGACUAGUAUUGGAAAGUCGAUCGCUCGCGCCCUGAACAGACAGUACUAUCGCUUUUCUGUGGGAGGUCUGACCGAUGUUGCGGAGAUCAAGGGUCACCGGAGAACCUAUGUCGGGGCUCUCCCCGGACGUAUCAUCCAGGCUCUCAAGAAAUGCCAGACCGAGAACCCUCUGAUCUUGAUCGAUGAAAUUGACAAGAUCGGCCGGGGUCAUCAAGGGGACCCGUCCUCUGCUCUACUUGAACUGCUUGACCCGGAGCAGAACUCGUCCUUCUUGGACCACUACAUGGAUGUCCCAGUUGACUUGUCUAAAGUUCUCUUUGUUUGCACUGCGAAUGUCACUGACACCAUUCCCCGUCCUCUCUUGGACCGUAUGGAGCUCAUUGAACUGUCUGGCUAUGUUGCCGAUGAGAAGAUGGCGAUUGCUGAUCGCUAUCUUGCCCCAGCAGCUAGGGAGCUGACCGGUCUCAAGGAUGUGGACGUUUCUUUGACCCAGGAGGCUAUUGAGGAGCUUAUCAAAUCCUACUGCCGCGAGAGCGGAGUGCGAAACCUGAAAAAGCAGAUUGAGAAGGUUUAUCGCAAGGCCGCUUUCAACAUCGUUCGGGAUCUUGGUGAAGACGUUCUUGCCGAAGAAAAAGCUAUCACGGAUGAAGGCAAAGCGGCGCAGGAGGAAGCCAAGAAGGAGGAAGAGACCAGCGAUGCUGAUGCGUCUCACGCUGAGUCGGAGAAGUCGACUGCUGAGACGCCCCGUGUGGCGUUGAAGGUCCCUGAGAGUGUGCAUGUCCGUAUCGGCAAGGACAGCUUGACUGACUAUGUUGGUCCUCCGAUUUUUACCUCUGAUCGAUUGUAUGAGACGUUCCCGCCUGGUGUGACUAUGGGCCUCGCGUGGACUAGCAUGGGAGGUGCGGCCUUGUAUGUUGAGUCCAUUCUGGAGAACGCUUUGACAGCCGAGUCUCGCCCGGGCAUCGAAAUUACUGGCAACCUGCAGAACGUGAUGAAGGAAUCAUCCCACAUCGCAUACUCUUUUGCGAAGUCGGUGAUGGCUCGUGAAUUCCCGGAGAACAGAUUCUUUGAAAAGGCGAAGUUGCAUAUGCAUUGCCCGGAGGGUGCUGUUCCGAAGGAUGGACCCUCGGCCGGUAUUACAAUGGCCACCUCUCUCCUUUCCCUGGCGCUGAACCACCCUCUCGAUCCGACAAUUGCCAUGACCGGUGAGUUGACGGUUACUGGAAAGGUGCUGCGUAUUGGUGGACUCCGAGAGAAGACUGUUGCUGCUCGCCGUGCUGGUGCGACGAAGAUCAUCUUCCCUGCCGAUAACAUGUCCGAUUGGCUGGAACUUCCUGAGAACAUCAAAGAAGGCAUCGAAGGCCAUCCCGCGAGCUGGUACUCCGAAGUGUUCGACAUCCUGUUUGCCGACCUGGACAAGAACGCUGCCAACCAGAUGUGGAAGAAGCAGCUCAAGGAGGCCCCGAAGAAGUCCAAGGAAUCUCACGAGGAAGAAGACGACUAA